GUAUGUGUUCCCUAACUCAGAAACGGUCCAAUACAGACCCAAGUCUCCUUUUUAUCUCUCUCUCACUCUCAGGCAUUGUGCAUUCAAGUGUGUGUGUGUGUGUGAGCGUGAGCAGGGGGGUGGUGGAUGUCAAGUGAUUUUUGGGAAUGCUCACUCUGUUCUUCUCUCUGCACCUUUAAGAAGAGCGCGUGCCUGAGCUCGUAGCUGAAGGUCACUAAAACACACGCGCGCACGCACACACACACAAAAGCUCUCAGCUCUGCGGUCCAAUAUAGCGCAUGCGCAGUGCCCCGGGACUCAUACAGUCUCAGACUGCAAUAUGGCGAGAAUGCCUGGCAGCGGGGAGCACUGCUCGAGCGGCGGGGAGAGAGAGAGGGAAGCGGGCGCCGGAGAGGAGGAAGAGGAGGAGGAGGGAGGAGAGAAGGGGGAUAUCCGGGCCGUCCGCAUCACGGAGGCUGGAGAGUGCGAGGAGGAAGAGGAGGAGGAGGAAGAAGAGGAAGAGGAAGGCGAGGAGCACGCGUGGGGGCAGCGCGCGGAGCCGCGGGACGCGCGGACCGAGCUGGAGCCCGAGCCGGACUCGGAUCCCGAGGGGGAGGCGCGCUCGCGCUCCCGCUCGCCUUCCGCGCGCUGCAGGCUGAGCGAGAACACGCGCCUGGCCACGCGCUACGCCGUGCGUAUCUUCCGCGAGUACCUGAGCGAGAGGGCGCAGAGCACGGACUUCGAGAGCAUGGACAAGCACGCGCUGUGCCGCGCGCUGCGCUCCUUCUACGCCGAGGCGCGCUCCAAGAGCGGCCAGCUGUACAGCAAGUCGUCGCUGAUCAGCAUCCGCAGCUCGCUUAACCGGUACUUGAACGAGCCGCCCUUCUGCCGCGCGCUCGACCUCACCAAGGACCCGGAGCUGCGCGCCGCCAACCUGGCGCUCGCCGCCGCGCUGCGCCGCCUCGAGGAGCAGGGCGCCGGGCCCGUGGUGCAGAAGCAGGCUAUAGCGCGCGCCGACCUGCGGCGCCUGUACGCGUCAGCGGCGCUGAGCGCGAGCUCCCCGUUCGGGCUGCUCAACAAAGUGUGGUUCGAGACGUGCAUGUACUUCUGUACGCGCGGCCGCGAGAACCAGCGCGAGCUUGAGGAGGACUCGUUCGGGCUGGCGGAGGACGAGGACGGCCGCCGCUUCGUCUACUUCAAGUCGCUCGGCGGCCCGUACCACCGGUCGCGCGCCACGGGAGGCGGGAGCAGCGGUGGCAGCAGCAGUAGCAGCAGCACGUGGGGCAAAAGGCGCGCGGACGCGGACGCCGACGAGGAGAGCGCGCCGCGCAUGUACGAGACGGGCACGGCGCUGUGUCCGUACGCGAGCUUUGUAAAGUACCUGACCAAGCGCAACCCCGCGUGCCGAGCCUUCUUCCAGCGGCCGCGCGAGCACUGUGGUGAGGCGGACUCCACGUGGUACGAGAACAAGGCCGUGGGCAAGAACCUGCUGGGCACGCGCAUGCAGAUGCUGUCGCGCGCCGCGCAGCUCUCCAAGACCUACACCAACCACUGCAUCGGCGCCGUGUCCAUAGCCACGCUGCACAGCGUGGCGGGAUUUGGCUCCAAGGCGCCCCCUCCGCUGCCAUCACCACCCUCGCACGCGUUGCAAACGUUGCAGACGCUGCAGUCACUGCAGACGCCCCUUACGCGCACCUCGAGCUGUGCCAGAGCGGGAAAACGGACGCCGCGCGCUCCCCUUUCUGCUAACCCAAACGCCUCCAGCACGGAGCCCGGCGUUCCCGCCAAAAGACUCUGCGCCGAGCCUCCGGCGGUCACUGCGGUCAGCGCUCGCGAGCGCAACGGAGAGGCACAGGCCACGCACGCGCCGCCAGCGCAGGAGCAUUGCAGCAGCAGCGUGGCAAUGUCGACUCGGCCGCUGUUGGCUCGCUCGCCGGCCUCCCCGCUGGGCACAGCUGGCAUCCCUACGCCUGCCCAGCUCACCAAGGCCAACGCGCCAGUGCACAUCGACGUGGGCGGACACAUGUACACCAGCAGCCUCGCCACACUCACCAAAUACCCUGAAUCUAGAAUCGGACGUUUGUUUGAUGGCACAGAGCCCAUAGUACUGGACAGUCUAAAGCAGCACUACUUCAUUGAUCGUGAUGGUCACAUGUUCCGCUACAUCCUCAACUUCCUCAGGACCUCCAAGUUGCUCAUCCCAGAUGACUUUAAGGACUACUCUCUGCUGUACGAGGAAGCCCGGUAUUUCCAGCUGCAGCCACUUCAGACUGAGCUGGAGCGUUGGCGAUCAGAGAGAGACUCAGGCUGUGUGUCACGGCUGUGUGAGUGUGUGGUGGUGCGAGUAGCUCCAGAGCUGGGUGAAAGGAUCACGCUGAGCGGGGAUAAGGCUCUUAUUGAAGACAUCUUCCCUGAGAUCGGAGACGUCAUGUGUAAUUCAGUGAACGCAGGAUGGAACCACGACUCCACCCAUGUAAUUCGCUUCCCUCUGAAUGGGUACUGCCAUCUCAACUCUGUGCAGGUUCUGGAGCGCCUCCAGCAGAGGGGGUUUGAGAUUGCUGGCUCAUGCGGAGGUGGUGUGGACUCGUCUCAGUUCAGUGAAUAUGUUUUGCGAAGGGAGGUCAAGCGAGGUCAGCGUGGGGUCACAACCUCCGUCAUCCGAAUAAAACAGGAGCCACUGGACUAAAAAACACAUUGCAGAAAAGACAAACGACUUUUUCAAAGGACAGACAUGACAAUGGAUUGUUUCUACUACAGCCCUUCACACUUGGCCAAAAGACACAUUUUGUCAUUUUGAGUAAACACAGCCUCGGUAACCAAAUACAAUAUUUUCAGCAAAUGAUGAUACACAGUUGCGCUGUCUUUCAAAACAUAUACAGUGCAGUUUGUGCAAAGGUCUGGGCUUCUUAUUGAGUCUAGACUUAAUAAAAACCCUUAUGGCAAAAAUCACAACUUGUAAACAGUUUUUUGUAGCUGCUAAAAAAAAAUCCGUUUUUCCACACUUCUUUGCAGAAUGCCACAUCUAAGAUCAUUUUUGCUUGUCUUACAAAUGCAGCAUGCUCAAGCUUUAUUCAGAAACGUGUUUCUUUAUUGUUUCUUUAAUAGAAGCCUUUAGCCUUUUAACUAAUGAUUUUACUUUUGCAUUCAGGAUUUGAGGGUUCAUUCUGUAAUAAAUUCUUUCUACCACCUGUGCCAUAUUACCAAUACCACUGGUUGUAACUGAACCCCAGUGGCAAAUAUAUAAUUAUAGAGAUAUAUUUAUACACUUUACAGCAAUGAGUUAUCUUUCAUUACAUACAGUUUCUUUUUUGUCCAAAUACACCUUCGGUGAUUGUGACCAGAAAAGUGUUAUAUGUUGACUUAGCACUUAGCACUUAUCUCAUCAUAAUUUUUUUAGAUAAUCUGUAUUAGACUGUAAAUGUUGAAUUUUGUGAUGAGGUCAAAGGUAAUGUUUUUAUUUCAUGUUUCUUCCUGGAGGACUCUGUUUCUUCCAGUAUAGCUGAACCACCUUCUCAUUAAUUUAAAUGUUCAUGCAGGUUCUUGGCAGUUACGAUCAUGGGAACAAUUCUCUAGUGUAGUGUAUCUCCAACAUCAGUAAUAUUGUUAUUAUUUCAUUAGCAAAUUUUUAAAUAUAUUUUAGGGGUGCCUAUGUCUGAUAAGUGUUAGUACAAGAUUUAAAGAGUCGGGUAAUUUACAGCUCCUCAGGCCUCAUUUGUUUAUUUUUAAAUCUAAGCAUCUGGAAUAUUUAGGGUGCAAAACUUUUAAAGGGGUCAAACUGAUGAUGCUGAUUUAUUUAUUUAUUUAUUUAUAUGAUCUAAAAACAAAACACACUUCUACAAUAAUAAAAAGUGUGUAGUAACUGUGCAUUUAAGUUUGCUGAAAAUAUUUGGUCAUUUAUCGAUGCUGUGUGUUACUACUUCUAAAUAAAAAAAAAAAAAGAUAAAAUAUGUCAUCUAGACAAGGGUGCCCAAACUCUCGUUUAAGACUGUAUAUACAGUGGAUAUACACAACACAUACAAAAAAUAUGAUAUGUAAUGGGCAAAAACAUAUUUUUUUCUGAUGAUUUGAAUUGUCAUGGUCUUAUAAACACAUAAUUUCACCUGAUUUAAUCUGAUUAUGGCAAGCACAAGUUUGUUUUAAAACUUUUUGGCUUGUAUUUGCUGGGUUCCUCUGCACUGGGUGUAAUAAACAGAAGAAAAGUCUAUAGAAAUCCAAUCAAUGCCCUGUGUAAGGAACUCAAUCAAGGAAACUGUCCUAUAAACUGUGUCGAACCAGCUGUACUGACGGAGAUAAAAAUGACCUUCACAGUUCAGAGAAUCUGAAUUGAGUAUUGCAUACACAAACUCAUCACACAAAAUGAGGGAUUAAUAAUUUAAACAUAGACAAUUUCAUACAGACACUUUACAGAUGAUUCUGGAGAUGUACACUAAACAGAACACUUACAGCUGAUGAAACAUCUCUUUUUAACUUGAAUGGAAUUUGAACACAAUCAAAUAAAAAAAAUAACAUGUUAACUUUCACAGCCAUUAAUCACAAGAGGAACAAUCUGUUAUUGUCAUAGACAAUUCAAAUGCCCACCUAUUAAAAUCUGUUACUGAUAUGGAAAUUAAUAUAAAAUGAGCCCAGGCUAUAUUUCUACUGUACAGUUAAACAUGGGCAUAAUCAGGAUUUUAUACAUGUCAGUAUAAAAAUAAAGUUGGAAACCAUGUCUGCA